AUGAUUGUGAUUUUAAUCCAGGGAAAAAGUAGCAAAAAAAAUAGUCGAUGUAAAAAAGGAGACAAAAACGAGGCAGACAAGGAGAAAAACGGCGUGCGCAGAAAAGCCACGAGCGAGAAAAAGGCCGUGCGCAAAAAGCCACGAGCGAGAAGAAGGCCGUACGUGAAAAGCCACGAGCGAGAAGAAGGCCAUGCGCGAAAAGCCACGAGCGAGAAGAAGGCCGUGCGCGAAAAGCCACGAGCGAGAAGAAGGCCGUGCGCGAAAAGCCACGAGCGAGAAGAAGGCCGUGCGCGAAAAGCCACGAGCGAGAAGAAGGCCGUGCGCAGAAAAGCCACGAGCGAGAAGAAGGCCGUGCGCAGAAAAGCCACGAGCGAGAAGAAGGCCGUGCGCAGAAAAGCCACGAGCGAGAAGAAGGCCGUGCGCAGAAAAGCCACGAGCGAGAAGAAGGCCGUGCGCAGAAAAGCCACGAGCGAGAAGAAGGCCGUGCGCAGAAGAGCCACGAGCGAGAAGAAGGCCGUGCGCAGAAGAGCCACGAGCGAGAAGAAGGCCGUGCGCAGAAGAGCCACGAGCGAGAAGAAGGCCGUGCGCAGAAAAGCCACGAGCGAGAAGAAGGCCGUGCGCAGAAGAGCCACGAGCGAGAAAAAGGCCGUGCGCAGAAAAGCCACGAGCGAGAAAAAGGCCGUGUGCAGAAAAGCCACGAGCGAGAAAAAGGCCGUGCGCAGAAAAGCCAUGAACAAGGGAAAACCACUGGAGGGGGGGAAAACCAUGAAAAAGCAUUAA